AUGGCGUGGCAACGUAAGGUGGUGCAGAAGCUUGUACAGCCAGAUGCUCGGCAGGAGCUCCCUUCAUCCAUUGAAAAUCCUUCUGUCUUGCCUCCGUCCGGAUUGGAUUGCGAGAAUGAUGUUGUUGAGACUGUGCCCUCAGAGACCCCUGUGAAAUCUGGUAAGGAGGCGUUUGAUCCUUCUCAGGUAAACCAGUCUACUCCUGAAGUAAGAUCCUAUUCAUGGGCGGAGGAGGUAGAGACCCAGUCUUUUCAAGAAGCUGUGAAGGAAACCUGGUCCCGAUUUAAGGAAUCUCUGCCUCUACAGGUGGGUACAAAAUUGCAAUUCAAGGAACCUCUUCAGAAGGAUGGUCAAAAAAUUGCACAGCUAGACAUUGUGGAAAUUGCAGUAGAAGCUUCAUUCUGGAAAUAUGCAUUGAUUUGUGUGGUCAUUGGAGCCAACCCGCCCUUACCUGUUUUUGAAGGUUUUAUCAAUCGAAUCUGGGGAAAACUUGGGAUUGAACGAGUGGCAAGAAUGAUUUCAGGUUUUACUAUGGUCAAAUUUAGAGAUGAGACUACUCGUGACUUGGUUCUAGAAUCAGGGGUAGCUCAUUUUGACAAGAAGCCAGUUAUCUUACGGCCAUGGACAACUGAUAUCGACUCUUUGAAAUCGAUUAAAUCAAUACUAGUUUGGAUCAGACUUCCCGAUCUAAGUUUACAGUAUUGGGGAACCAAUUGUUUGAGUGCAUUGGUUAGCACAAUUGGGAAACCAAUAAUGAUAGAUAAGAUUACCAAAGACAGGUCGAUGAUAAAGUUUGCUCAGAUUCUAGUAGACAUGGAGAUAUCAGAAUCACUACCUAAAUACAUUAGCUAUAUCAAUGAGAGAGGUCAAGUAGUGGACCAAUUGAUUGACUAUGAGUGGUUGCCUACGAAGUGUUCUCAGUGUAAAAAGCUAGGGCAUACAGAUUUUUCUUGCAAAUUUGUGGAAGGAGUGGUUUGGAUAAAGAAGGAGGUCAUGACAACUCCUGUUGAUGGAGGUUCUGAUCAUAAAGAAUCUGAUAGUCUUCUGAAUCCGGUCCAGGCAACUUCAGCUCAGACUCAAUCAAAGGAGGCAGCAGAAUCCCACCCUGUGAAACUUCCAAAGGAUCAAGGAUGGGCUUACCUGAAAAAACCAGGAACUCAGAAAUCGAAAAACUCAGCAACUGCCCAGAAUACAAGUAAUACUUUCAGUGUUCUCCAAGAACAGAAGCAGUUUCUCACUGACCCUUCCUUGUUAUUGAACUUAAAUGGAAAAUUUCAACAUAUUGAGCUGGAAUGCCAGUCUUUUUGUCUCACAGUAGUUUAUGGCUCUAACCAACUGGAGGCUAGGAGAGUUCUUUGGUCUGAAUUAUCUGCUCUAGCCUUCCCUGUUAAGCCAUGGUUAAUAGUUGGAGAUGUUAACGCUGUCUUUGGCUCAGCAGACCGAAUGGGUGGUAAGGCCAUAUCUCUUAAAGAGCUAGAGGAUGCUAGACAAUGGCUUGAUCUCGAUAUAGUGGAAGAAAUGAAGAUUAUGGGUUCUUUUUAUACUUGUGCCAUAGCGAAUUGGGAGGUAGUUUCAAAUCAUUGUGCAAUAGUUUUGAAGCAUAUUCCAGUCCAGAAUAAGGGAAUGCAUCCAUUUCGGUUCUACAAUAUGUGGACUAGCCAUCCUAAAUUCAAGACAACUAUUUUGAAUAGCUGGAAUAAACCUUUAAAAUCUGAGGGUUGCAGUCUAGAGCAGAUUUCCAAGAAAUUGCAUCGGCUUAAGUUUAAGUUGAAGAGAUUUAAUUGGAAGGUUGUUGGAGACAUUGUCAAAAAUUAUGAGGAAAGCAAGAAUACUUACCAGCAAGCUAAAAUUAGUCUUUUUUCUGAUCUGACUAAUCAGGCCUUGAGUGUAGCUGAGAGAUCCUCUUAUCUAGAGUUUAAGAAACAAGAGGCAGCUUAUGCUAGUUUUCUGUACCAGAAGAGUAAGAUAGAUUGGAUCCGCUUUGGUGAUGAAAACUCAGCCAUGUUCUAUGCUAGUAUGAAGAAAAGGAAAGCCAAUAACAGAAUUGUUUCUUUUGUUUCAGAAAAUGGCAGAGUAGAAGCGGAUUACCCAAAGGUGAUUAAUCAUUUUAUUCAUCACUUUCAGUCUUUCUUGGGUUGUUCUAGUGCAGCUUCUGGACAUAUUGAAUCUUCAGUCGUGAACUUAGGUCCGCUUCUGAGUCUAGAUGACCAAACUGAUCUGAUUAAGCCUUUCUUUUCUCAAGAUGUCAAAACAACCAUGUUCAGUAUUAAGGCUGUUAAAAGUCCUGGUCCAGAUGGUUUUGGAGCUGGUUUUUUCAAAAGUUUAUGGUCUGUCAUAGGGAAAGAGGUGUCCAUUGCAGUGCUUGAAUUCUUUGACACAGAUUAUAUCCCGAAGUCUUUGAAUAAUACCAUUUUAACUCUUAUUCCUAAAGUUAGUCAUCCAAAAAAUGCAACAGAGUAUAGAUCAAUUGCUUGCUGUAAUACUCUGUACAAAUGCAUCUCUAAAAUACUUUGUAACAGAUUGACAUCUAUUCUUCCUAAGUUGGUCAAUCAAAAUCAAGGGGCUUUCGUUAAGAAUAGAUCUCUUGCCCAUAAUGUCCUUAUUCUUCAAGAUCUUCUUAAGGGUUAUAAUCGCAAACGAAUUUCUCCUCGUUGCUUAAUGAAGAUAGAUAUCAGCAAAGCCUAUGAUUCCAUUGAUUGGGAUUUUUUAGAGAACCUGCUGAAUGCAUACAAGUUUCCUGGCAGAUUUAUUAGGUGGAUUAUGAUAUGUCUAAGAGGCUCCUCGUAUUGCAUUCUCAUGAAUGGUCAGCUCCAAGGUAGCUUUAAGGGUGGUAAAGGGCUUCGUCAAGGUGACCCCAUCUCUCCCCUUCUCUUUGUUCUAGUCAUGGAAUAUCUUACACGAGCAUUUCAUGGGGCUGCUAAGGACAAGAAAUUCAGGUUCCAUCCGUUAUGUAAAUCAUUGAAUAUUACUAAUCUUUGCUUUGCGGACGAUUUACUUCUUGUUUGUAAAGCUCAUGCUAGUUCUAUUCAGAUUAUUCAAUAG